CCAGUCCCUGUAACUUUCCCACGCCGAACUCUGGGGAGAUGCUCCAGGUGCCCGGAGCCGGGAGCGCGCUUGGCUCCGUCUGCUCCCCCCUCGACCUCCCACCUCGGAGCCUGCCGCUUAGUGACGCCCGGCUCCCGCAGCCCAGGCAAGGCGGGGCGGGCGGCACAGGAGCCCUGAGCGUCUGGGGCAGGGCUGAGGGACCCGGCACCUUCCCGCGGCUGGAGCAGGCUUGCAGCACCAGACCCGGCAAUGCCGUUUGGCUGCGUCACCCUGGGAGACAAGAAAGAUUACAACCAGCCAUCUGAGGUGACUGACAGAUAUGACCUGGGACAGGUCAUCAAAACGGAGGAAUUCUGUGAAAUAUUCCGGGCCAAAGAGAAGACGACAGGAAAGCUCUACACGUGCAAGAAGUUCCUGAAGAGAGACGGACGGAAGGUGCGGAAGGCGGCCAAGAAUGAGAUUAUCAUCCUCAAAAUGGUGAAGCACCCUAACAUCCUGCAGCUGGUGGACGUGUAUGUCACCCGCAAAGAGUACUUCAUCUUCCUGGAACUGGCCACAGGCCGGGAGGUGUUCGACUGGAUCCUGGAUCAGGGUUAUUACUCUGAACGGGACACCAGCAAUGUCAUCCGACAAGUGCUGGAGGCCGUCGCCUACCUGCAUUCACUCAAGAUUGUGCACAGGAACCUCAAGCUGGAGAACCUAGUGUAUUACAACCGCCUGAAGAACUCCAAGAUCGUAAUAAGUGACUUCCACCUGGCAAAGCUAGAGAACGGCCUCAUCAAGGAGCCCUGUGGCACCCCAGAGUAUCUAGCUCCGGAGGUGGUGGGACGCCAGCGGUAUGGACGGCCUGUGGACUGCUGGGCUAUCGGUGUCAUCAUGUACAUCUUGUUGUCGGGGAACCCACCCUUUUAUGAGGAGGUGGAAGAGGACGACUACGAGAACCAUGAUAAGAAUCUCUUCCGCAAGAUCCUGGCCGGCGACUAUGAAUUUGACCCGCCUUACUGGGACGAGAUCUCCCAGGCGGCUAAGGAGCUGGUGACCCGUCUGAUGGAGGUGGACCAGGACCAGAGGAUCACAGCUGAAGAAGCCAUCUCCCAUGAGUGGAUUUCUGGCAAUGCUGCCUCCGAUAAGAACAUCAAGGAUGGCGUCUGCGCUCAAAUUGAGAAGAACUUUGCCAGAGCGAAGUGGAAGAAAGCCGUGCGAGUGACCACGCUUAUGAAGCGGCUCCGUGCACCCGAGCAGGCUGAGCCGGCAAAGCCGACCCUGCCAGCUGCCGCCAUGCUGGACAGUGCCACCUUGCCAGCCCCCGCCACUGCCACGCAGCCUGCGGCCACCGCCACACCUGACAGCACUGCCCCAACAGCGGGAGCCCCAACUACGUGUAAUGGAGAAGAAGCCACUGCCCCCAGUGCCACCCCCGAGGCCUGGACCGAGGAGACCGGCUGAACAGGAGGGACGGGGUGGGGAAGCACUGGAUCUCUCAUUGUACAUAGUCGUUGGCAUGGUAUCCAAACCUCCCUGGCUCUCUGUCUGUCCCUGCUAUGUGUCUGUCUGUCUGACUCUGUCUACCCCCAGCUGGGCCGCUGCACAGAGCUUCUAUUUUCUAUGUUCCUGAGCCUGGAGCGACCCCAUAGGCCCAGUUGGACAGACAGAGGCAGAAGCAGAGCCCCUUGCAUGGAGUUUUCUCUCUCUCCCUUUGCUUUUCUUUUCUCUGUCUCCUUUGGUGGCUUUGUUGGUUUCCUUUCCUCACUGGAGGCUGCUCUCUGAGUCUGCCCACGCACUGACCCACCUGAUCCCCCAUCGCUGGGCCAAGCGAGAGGAAGCCAGCACAUCAGGAUCAAACACAACCACCCUCCUGAGUUCCAGAUCCAAUUGGGAGCCUGGGCACAGAUCCAAUUGUGUCCAUACCCAGCACUUGUGUAUGUGUACAUUUACAUACAGCUGCAUGUAUGUGCUGUGUGUCCAUUGCAGUGUAUGUGUCUCCAGACAUGGGGUGUUUGUGUGGGUGUCCAUAUGAAUUAGUGCGUGUCUGGGUGUCUGUGAUUAUACAUUGGUGUGUGUGUAUGGGUCUCUGGGUGGGUGGGUGUGUCCAUAUGUGUAUCCAUGGGCGAACAAGUGUGCGUUUAUUGGGUGCAUUCACCCUGGGAGUGGGGAGAGGGGCAAUCCCGAGCCAUUUAGGGAAGGAUUUGAGCACCAGUCUGGAGAGCAGCAGCUGAGCUGAGCUGGCUGGAGGGGUGGGGUGACAAGGAGGCAGGGAGGGCUUGAGAUUCAAGUGGCCUAGGACAGGGAUGCUGCACUUAGAUCCCAGAUAAAGCUUCCCAUGCAAUUGCUGGCACCAAUGGGACUCCCCCCUCAUGCCCACAGGUUCCUGUUGAAUCAUAGGAUCAUAGAAGAUUAGAGUUGGAAGAGACCUCAGGAGGUUAUCUAGUCCAACCCCCUGCUCAAAGCAGGACCAGCCCCAACUAAAUCUUCACAGCCAGGGUUUUGUCAAGACAGACCUUAAAAACCUCUAAGGAUGGAUAUUCCACCACCUCCCUAGAUAACCCAUUCCAGUCCUUCACUACCUUCACCGAGCUUGCUUGGAGCUUUGGGUGAUGUGCAGAGAGCAAGUGGCCUGGGUGUCCCUCCUCCCUGCUGUAAUGGUGGCAUCUGGCCCCAUGGACUGCAGACCUGCCUUCCUCCCCUUGGAUGAGGGAGACGCCUGAGCACCAGCGCUGCCUCACCCUGGCCAGCAAGCACUGGGGAUGUCCUGUAUCUCCCUAAUCUGCAUCCACAGCAGGCUCCAGAAGUGGCUGGAUCCACGUGGGGGUGAGACACAUCAUCCCUACACUCUGCUCCGCUGCUUUAGAGCCUGAAGCCACUGCAGAUACAGACCAGACUCCACUCACUCACAGUGGCAUCCUCCCAGCAUGACACUUUUGGUCUCACUGCUGCCUCCGCAGGCUCACUGGUGUCACUGACAACAAUGGUCCUGCUGCCAGGCUGUGGGCACCAGGGAUGCCUGUGGUGGCUCAAUGUGUGGAGGAGCCCAGCAUUUGUGCAUCAGGGCCACUGCUGGAGCAGCCCUGGGAGGAACAAGGGGGCUGCUGGGAAUGUCCAAGGGGCUGCAGACCCCUCACAAGAGGUGCCUCUGUAGCUGUCCAGUGGCCAUCACAAACUCCGCAUGGCCAGGGACUAGAACCGCAGCCCUGCUGAAAGCUGGCCCCCAAUCCCUGUGUGUGCUGAUCCAAAGGCGUGCAGGAGCUCUGGGUUGGCCUGCGGAACAAGGGGGAGCAGGGAGGGGUUGGGGGUUGACUCAUCGCCAAAGCACUGUCCUAUGCCUCUUUCUACAAGAACAGCUUUGCCAUUGUCCAGGCUGAUUGUGGUGUUUGCAACCCACGUGUGACAGCACACAGCAUGUCUAUGGGAGCAGUAUGGUGUGUGUGUGAGACUUACAUGGCACAGCUCUGGUCCCGGCUUUGGCCGUGUGAGAUUCAGCCCCUGCUGGAUGUGUUUAUGGAGGCUCUGGGGGUGGGAGUGGUGUAUAUACUCUCGUUGUGUGGAUGUGCAUACAUAGUGACCCACGUGUGCCCUGUUCAGCACUGUGUAGUCUUGUUUCCUCCCAGAGGCUUAACCUGGGGCACAUAGAGGUUCCGUACUGUGGAGGCUGAGGCCUGGGCCCAUCCAGUCCGAGCGGGGCUUUCCUGACUGUAGCGCUGGACAGUGGCCCCUUGCAGAGUUGUGUUCCCUUGCCCCGACCCUGAACUGACAGUUUGCAGAACUAGGGCUGGCCUUAGGGAAAAUGGUGCCCUGGUCCCUGCUGCCUCCUCUGGCCCCUAACCCAUCCUCCCUGAGCCCUGCUGUCUCCCCCAGCCCCCCAUCACCCCUGGAUCAGCAGCUAGCAGUGCACAUUUUACCAUUUUAGGGUGGGGAUGAGCACUGAUUGGACAAUAAGGUUCAAUCAGGAUAGCCUGAUGCGAAUGUGGCUUCUGGAACAGAGUGGAUCCAAGGCGAUAAGAUGUUUGGCACGUGGCUCAUUGAGCCACUCUUCUGCUCCCACCCCUGAUUGCGCUCCUCCUCCAUUGCCCUGAGCUCCCUUCCGUGGCCUUGCACCCCAGUCCUGCCCCACUCCUUGUCUCUUUCCCACGGCGCCCCCUGCCCUUCACCCACAGCGCCCACCC